AUGGCAUCAACCAUUUCCAAAUCAAGACAAAUGCAUAGAAUUGGAUUGGGUUCUAUGAAACUUAUACAGCUUCUUUUUCCAAGAGACAUAUCGGAUAUGAGGAAUAUGUUUUUGACUAGAAAUGCUCACAAAGCUUGUCCUGAUGGUAUUCCACUUCCAGAAUGGAUUCUCAAGUCUAGGGAGACAGGUGAUGUUGAUACGUUUCCUGUGAACUUAUAG